AUGACUCUUAUUGAAUUUGUUAAUGAUAUAAAGAAAUGUAAAGUACAAAGAAAUAUUCUAUCAACUCAAAUUGAAGGUAUUUCCAAUGAAUUGGCUAGUUCAAAAAUUCAAGAUCAAAUGAAUGAUAUAGAAGCAUUAAAUGAGAAGGAAUCUGAUAAAGUACGGUUAAAUCAAGAAUUAAAUGAUUUAAUUCCUUAUAAAAAAUUUGCUAUUCCCUACAGUAAUAAUUUGUGGCCGAGUUUUGGAUCCGCAUGGAAUCAAAUAAUGCUAGAGGAGGAUGACAAUAAAAUGAAUCUCGAUCCAAUUAAUUUAGUUAAUAAUGUUUUAAAUAGAUUAGAAGAAUUUUAUUUAUUUGGAUAUUAUAGAGCACGUAUAAGACCAAUUUUAACCCAGGGUGAUUUAACCUACUAG